AUAAUUGGAUAUCUAUUAUUUUCAAAAUUCUAUAGCAGUGCUGUGGCAGUGAAAAAAACAAAUCCACAUAGCAAAAUGGGCACACCACCGAUGGAUUUUGAUGCCGUUUUGGAGAAGUGUGGCAACUUCGGCCGCUUUCAAUUCCUUAUAAUGUUAUUAUUUGGUUUUACCAAUAUACUCUCAUCGAUGCACUAUUUUGCACAAACAAUAAUCAGUUUUACACCGGAUCAUUGGUGCUACCAUGAAAAAUUAGCCAAUGUCAGUUUUGCUGAAAUUCGCGCUGUCUACGCUCAAACAAAUAGUCCUCACUGCACUCUGCUCGAUGAUGUAAUAGAUGGCAAGCCAAUUGUUGCUGAAGUGGGUCAAUGCCGAAAGUGGAUCUAUGAAUAUGAAAUGGGAUAUCAGAGUGUUACCUCAGAUCUCGACUGGGUAUGUGAGGACGUCAUAAAAUCUGCUGUGGGACAGUCGCUAUUCUUUGUGGGCUCCUGCAUCGGCACUGUGUUCUUUGGCAUGUUGGCUGAUAAAAUCGGACGACUACCGGCGCUCAUACUCACCACACUUACCGGCGCUUCAGGUGACUUUCUGACAACUUUCGCCAACAAUUUGCCAUUGUUUGCGCUCUUCCGUUUCCUCUCUGGCCUAUCUACGGACACCUUCUUCUACCUCAUGUAUAUAAUGGUUUUCGAAUACUUAAGCCCACAGAAGCGCACACUCGGCUUGCACAUGAUCACCGGCACAUUCUACUGCCUUGGCUUGGUAUUCGCACCUUGGUUUGCACUUUGGUCUGGUUCGUGGCGUUACUAUCUUUAUAUUGCUUCGGUGCCAGCAGUGAUUGUGAUUACAUAUCCCUUCUUAAUUUGUGAAAGCGCUCAAUGGUUGAUUGCAACACAACGUUACGAUCGCGCAAUUAAAUGUCUCAAGCGUGUUGCUAAGCUCAAUGGACGAGAAGUGAGUGAGGAGGUUUUCGAUGAGUUCAAAACAUAUCAUGAAAACAAAAUAAAUGAGGAACGCAAGUUGAGAAAGAGAACGGACACCUUCUGGGGUAUGUUCCGCACGCCGCGUUUGCGCAAAGUUACCAUAAUUAUGAUUAUAAAAUGCAUGUUCAUCUCACUGGCUCUGGAUGUUAUCAGCCGGAAUAUGGAAGGCAUGGGCACCUCACCCUUCAUUCUCUUCUCUGCUACUUCCAUUGUCUACAUUGUGGGCUGUCUAACUAUCAUUCUGCUACAAAAUCGCAUCGGACGCAAGGGCAUGGCCUUUAGUACACUCUCUGUUAGUGGGAUUAUUAUUGCCACUAAUGCUUUUAUGAUUGCUUUUCUUGAUACCGAGCAAAAUGCUACACUUUUUGCCAUUAUGGUUGGUCUGAGUCGGUUAGGCGUUGUGGCGAGCUAUGAGGCAGAAGCGCAAUAUAUUUCGGAAUUCAUACCGACAACUGUUCGCGGUCGAGGCAUGGCCAAUGUUCAUGUUGCAGGUUUUGCCGCGGCUGCACUCAACUCUUAUGUGAUAUAUUUAGGAUACUUCUACAAACCGCUGCCAUCGAUUUGCAUGUCUGUAAUAGUGUUCAUGGGCGCUCUUCUAUGUCUCGCAUUGCCGGAGACCAUGAAUCAAAAAUUGCCACAGACAUUGAAAGAUGGCGAGGAGUUCGCGCGUCAUCAACGCUGGUACUACUUUCCAUGCUUCGAUAAGAAAAAGGAUACCAAAACACCUGAGAUCACGGACAGAUUUUAAAACAGUGUGCUGCCGAGGAAUUCUGUAACGUUCAAAUUAGUGAAAUUUGUGUUAGAAUGUUGUAUGCGUAUCUGAUUUGUUGUGGUUGUUAUUUUAACAUUG